AAAAAAAAAAAAAACUUGGAGAAGAAUUAAUGAAUGUAGAGUGAUUUGGGAAAUGUUCAUGGUUACACACAGGAAAAGCAGGGGAGUUUGCAUUGUGGAACCACCUAAAAAAGAGCAACUUUUCUUUCAGUAUUUCUGGUCUGAUAAAGAAAGAACAGUAUUUCUUGAUUCUUGUAAUAAGGCAGUGCUACUAAAUGGAAAAGAUUUUAUCAGAAGGACCCACACCUGCAAAUGCCAUUACUUUGCUUUCAAGACCAAUCAACUCCCUCCUAACAGUUUAGUUGAGUGAAUUCAAGCUCACCCAAGAAGAGGAGACAUGGGUAAUUGCGCGUCGGUUCACAGCAGCACAGACCCGGGUAUGACACUUGGAGUCCAGAUUGAAUCACCCAGUAAGGAAAUGAUGGUCCAGAUAGAGAAGCCGGUUGCUGAACUGGGUUUGGAGAAUCAGAGGGGAGAAGACAGUUUUCGAGAGUUGGGUAAAGCUGAUUUCUUUUUUGAUUCACAGCCCUGCUUAGAUUCUGAUUGUGAAGAUUUCUUCAGUGUCAAUGGGGAUCCUACCCCUCCUCAAGAUGACACUCCCAUGCAUCCUGAAAGGUCCAUAGAAAAUUCUGUACAUGACAAAGCUCGUGGUGUGGAUGAUGAACCUUCACCAAAUGAUAUGAAAAAACAACUAAUUGAGCUCUUUAGUGAGAGCUUCAACAGUACUGCCUCUGUGAAUGUUGGUCAAAAUUUAGGUCAGCCAGAAGACAAACCUGCAAACCUUGCCCAACCUGAAAGAUCUGCCAUGAAAAGCUUAGCUGCACCAAUAACAAACUCCACACCUGGUGGGGAAAUAACUCCAUACAGAGGAUCCAUACCCAAAAAAGAGAAAUCAAACCAGUCUGCACAGUGCUGCCUUCCAGGUUUAGUGCGAAGCCUGAGCUUUGGGGAGAGAAAGAAGAGGCUGAACCCUCCCAAAACUGGUAGUUGUAAGCCAAAUGUUCAUGUUGUAUGAAUCCUUUUAGAAGUACACACUUCAGAAUUACCAUAUUGGUAAGAAAGCCAAAAUCUAGAUUUUUUUUCCCUCUUCUUUUCACUAUAGUUUCGUGUUAAUAUGUUGUCAAAGUAAUAUAUGAUAUACUCUAAUAGUGCUGCUGCAUCCAUAAAAUGGGAUAGAAGAAAACUUUGUAUAUUUA